UCAUCGCUUUGGCUGCGCGGGCAGCGGCACGACUCACUCCCGGCGGCCGGCAGUUGUUUUCCAACGUUUUCCGCGGCUAGACUGUGGUUGGUAUCCGAACGGUUAGUUGUGACGAGUGCGUUACUGAUAUACUCUUCUUCGAGUGCCUAGUUUUCCGAUUAGAUUUCAAAUUUUAAAAAGCUGCAGCCCGAACUUAUAUAAGUUUGGCAAGAAAAUAAGUAAAGUAAACGAAAAUUUGUUGAUCAAGGAAGAUUAGAGAAUCAAGGCAACUUUAACAGGUCACAAGUCCGGCGGCGAUGCAUCCGGCAUUCCGUUUAAGCCAGUGACAUGGCAACGUUGUCGUCAGCUUGCAGCAGUUACGUACGCCAGCAACCCGGACAACCUUUAAAAACGCUAAACGUCACGAACGCCAUUCUUCGGACGGAAAAAGGACAGGCGUCGUCGUACCGGCCACAAUGCACUGCGAAACGAAAGAGUGCCGUAGAACUAUUACAAGAGACAAAAUCGCUUUACGUCAAAUCGGAAACAGUGCUCGACAGGAAACAAGAACUCAGAAGGAGUCUCCGAAGCAGCGGUUCUUCCGACAAGGGUUCAUCAUCACAUGACAUAGCUUCCGGUUGUUAUAAUUAUAAAGGUAACUGCUGUAAUUGGUCGAGUGGAAGCUUUACUUGUCUGCCGCCACCUAAAAGCCCUCGACUAGUAGCUGGAUGUCAAAGAAAGUCCACAGCGGACUCACAACAACUACAAAACGAUCUCAGACGUCUAUUGAAUGCUGACUCUAAAGAAAACUUAUUCGAAGCAACUUCGGUGUUCCUCGACGAUGUCAUCGUUCCCCCUCCCGUGCAGUACCGCCGAUCGGUAUCGCAUAACCAACAGCAGCAACAGCAUCAACCCUGUUGUUGCGGAGCAUCAACCGCUUGCCACAAAUCACUUCCGGAUCUCACUGAUGUCACAACGGCCACAGAAACGAUUACGGAUGUGUCAACGCCGGCAGUGGCAGCCGACCCGAUCCGACGUUGCCGUCGUUCAGCGUCUUCGGGAUCUGUGACUGUAGGAGACGAUGAUAACGAUGAUGGCGACGAUGAUAUAUUCGAAACCUACUGCAACAUACCAUCUCCUCAAGGAUUUGGAAACAAGUCCAGACAAGACGAAACGGACGCGGUCACCAACGUAACCUCUUUCCCGGAUUCAUUGAGCCUAACCAGUUAUAAAACGGAUGCCAGAUGGCAACAGUCUGCUCACGGAGGGACCGGAAGUUCGAUCGAAGAGGAAAAUGACGACAAUGUCGGUGGCGUUUCUCCGCGCUCGUCCGCAUCGCCCGUCAAGUCUACCGUGUCGCAUGGCCGCUGGCGUGCACAGACCGCUGAAGCGGCGAUCGCCGGACAAGAACCGUCGUCGCCGCCCGCUGUUCCAUUACGUCGACAUCAGUUGCCGACGGCGACCGACGAGUUCCGCGGCCGGCCGAUAUUGCGUAGCAAGUCGGACGUGGGUCACCGGGCGCCAAAUUUGCUAAGUCUAUUGCCGACGGCGGUGGCUAAGGCCGACGAUAGACACGAAUACGAUCCCAGUCAGUUGGAGAAUUUUUUCGGUCAUCUGGGCCUCGAUCCCGAAGAGUACAAGUGGAUCAUAAAAACCGAUUCAGAGACGGGUUCACAGGUAUGUUUCGGCGACUCUAACAGCUCGGUGGGCUCGGUGAGCGGCGGCAGCAACAACAACAACGCAAACACUGACGGACUUUGGGUAGGCGGUGGUGUUCGAGGAGACGCCGAUGGUUGUGAGGCAGGAACGGGCGGACCGAUUGGUGGUUAUGCCGGGAAAUCCGGUGGCGGAUCGUCCUCAUCAGAACUGCCGUCUAUCGUCGAGCGAAACGCCAGGAUUAUAAAAUGGUUGUGGAACUGCCGGAAAGCGAACUUGCAACAGACGUUAUUGCCAUCGACACCUUCCUCGACUUAGCACUCUGUUUAUGCAGCUUAAAAUAUGAACGCAAAAACCCAAGCUCCCUCCCCGUUGCACUUUCGCCGUAUCCUCCCAGUGAUCGGCUUAUGGUUUCGAUUCUGACGUAAUUUACUACUUAUAUUUAACCACCAAUAAACUCUACUUAUAUUUACAGAUCGACAUAGUAAAACGCGGUUUUCAUAUAAUAUUAUUAUAUUAUAUUCCAUAAUACUAUUUAUAUAUGUAUGUACCUAAUUUAAAUUUUACAAUAAUAUUACGUGAUAUUAGAAAAAAAAUUACUCUUACGGAUUAACCGAGUACUUCCGUCUCAUAACUU